UUCCUGAAUCCUGCUGUUGCGGCUGCUUGAGUGUGUUUGAAUGUUCAUGUUAUCUCAGUUCAUUUGGCAUUACGGAAGCGGACAGAUCAGAACAGGAAGAGUUUAUCAAUAACUACUGAACUCUACAGCAGCAGUAUGAUCGUUUGGAUGUGUAGUGUCUGAUCAGACUCCGACGCUGGAAUGAAAGCCUGCGAAAACUGCGCUUUAAAGUGAUAAAAUGCGCUUUAAUUAUUUGGAGCUGACGUUCAAUAGCUGAAAAUGCGCUUUAACGAGAAGGAGCUGGUGUUCCUGAGCCGCCAGCCGUCAGAGAGAGCGGCCGAGCUGGGCAUGAAAGGCCCAAAGAAAGGAGACGUUGUGAAGAAGCGUCUAGUGAAGCUGAUCGUUAAUUUCCUGUUUUAUUUUCGCACCGAUGAGGAUGAGCCCAUUGGAGCUCUGCUGUUGGAGCAGUGUCGGGUGGAGAGAGAAGACGGACAUGUGUUCUCUAUUGUGUUUCUUGAUGAGGCGGAGAGGAAGUAUUUGUUUGAGUGUGACUCUGAGCAGCAGUGUGUUGAGUGGAUUGAUGCCAUCAUUAAAUCCAGUUAUGAAUUCAUGCGCAAAAACCUCAUCUACUACCGCACUGAAAUCCAUCGAUUGACUGGCAAGGAUCCUCUGGAGCAGUACGGAAUAUCAGAUGAAACACGGUUUCAGGUCAGCGCUGGUCUUCCUCCUCUUCCUCCUCCCCCCACAUAAACAUCAAUAUAAAUGCACAAAUGCGACCGGAGUCCACGUGUUUUCACAUACAAGCGUCUGCCGUUUGGGGUGUUGUUUGUUGUUCAGGUCAGUUUUUAUAGUCUGUAAUUAAGACUGUACAGUACAUUCUGCCCUCUGUAAUCUCUAAAAUGUCUAAUGGGGUCGUGGGAAAGUACUGUAGUUAAUAUUACUGUAAUGAAUGUCUGCUGAGUUUGAGCCAAUUGUAAUUAAAGUUUUAUAUAUAUAUUAUCAAGGUCAUUGUUAAUGCAAGAAAACCAUGAACUGGAUCUGUUGCUCUCGCAAGCAUGAACUGAUCCUUCCAGCGAAUCAUGUGACAUUUGUGGCACUUCUUAAGAGUUUUACAUGGUUUCAAUGCAACGUUUCGGCAGCUUUGAUGCCUCUGAAGAUGUUGAGCUGUGGGGAAAACUUGCUCUGGUCACAUUUCAUCCCAAAAUGAAAAGAAUGCAUAGAAAAUAAAGCCUGUUUGUACAUCAAUACCACUUAUUACAUGUUUAAAUCUAUGAUCAUCUAAACAAAGACUGAAAUAUACAUUUGAAUAUUUAUUGUGUGAAUAAAAUUAAACCAAGUGGACGAACGUGUCAUUAAAUGGUGCGCUUGAGACGAAGAAAAAUCAAGGGAAAUUUCACUUGUGAAGAUUUUGAUCGAUCAAGCUAAAUGCACUAAAUAUUAUACAAAUAUAUUACUAUUAUAUUACACAUUAAUUAUAUUUCUACUAAU